AUCAAAGUCGGUACCUUGAGCAUUUUCAAGCUUGCCAUCCCAUCUUGAUAAACCAUAUCCACCUCACUUUUGCCGGAGGAAUAAAAAAAAAAAACCUCUUGUCUUUCCUCUCCAUUUUCCCUUUCAGAGCCCGGCCUAUACACUGGACCUUGUAAGCGUGGGGACCUUUUUGUUGCAACCCGAUCAUUCCUGGGCCGCCCAACUCUGAACCCUAGCAGGCGAACCCCUCCAUAGAAUUGACGACGGCUACGCCCGCGAAGAAUAGACGGCUUCGGUCGGACCAAACCCAAACAACAGCUUACUUGCUGCAGACAGCAGUGAGCCUAGUGCCGUUAGCCUGUCCAUACCAUACUGAUCCGACGAGCCGACAGUUUUCCUCCAGGCACUGAUCUUGCCAAACUCUCCCAAGCCAGCUAGGCACCUAGCUAGCUAGCACUGGCCGAGGUGACCGUACACCGACUCGCAUCGAGCAAUCGGCUCUUACAGUCUUUACCUUGCCUUCUCGUUUCCAAGAUCGCGAUCCUCUACAAACUUUACUGGUCUUGUCUCGGCAUGCAGCGAUCAAAGUGAAACUACUGCCAACCUCAAUUACCAAUCCUUUUUACUCGCUCGAACCAGCAAAACCGUCCGCGCAAACCCGACCUUCCCCGACGCAUAAUGUCACAAUCACAACAACCGCCGGCAACAGGCCGGGAUAAUUCGGUCCCUGCCACUCCGGACGAACAAUUUGACAGCAUGCCCACCUCACCGUGUUCUAUUGUAGACGACGACUCGGAGGCGAGCACCCCACUAGACCCGCCAUCGCCGAGUGCCCUCCCAAAACGAGUCCCCUCCCUCCGGACUGUCUCCGAUCCAGCCACGACGGCAAUGACGUCCACGUCUACAGUGACUGGAACCCUCACCAGUGCGCGUAGGCCCCCUCCGUCCGCUGGAGUUCUACCUGCAGACCUGAUGGCAAAGGCACGCGCAUUACAAAGUACACGAAUGGGGCGGCCACAGAUGCAAGCCUUUGGCAGCGGUAGUAGCACAUCUUCUGCCUCGGGAGUCGGCUCACCGCUACCGAUUGGCUCCGGGCUUGGACCGAAAUCGCCGCCUGUGGGUCUACACACGGGCGGUAUGGCUGCGAACAUGCGCUUCCCGCCCAACAUCGCCGCCAACAUGCAGCUGAACUUGGGCGGGCGUCCGCUACCGCAGGGCUUCCCCAAGUCGGCUCCGGCUGUGCCGAGCGCACGCAAGGCUCCCCCCAGCCUGAGCGAGAGGAGAGCCAUGAAGCUAGGCGGCCUUCCUGGCGGACCUGGCGCUACGCCCAGCAUGGGAACGCCCAAGUUGUCUGACUUGCAGGGCGGGACACCGGGACCAACAGAUGGCGAUAGUAAUGCAGCCAAUGGGCCAGGAGCUACUGGACAAGCGAUCGCGGACAACAAGUUGAACGACUUUAAGCAGUAUAUUGAUGCAGAGAAUGGCUGGAUCACGUUCGACGGUGCAGCAACGAUCACACGCACAGGCGUCAACUUUGCUAGUGGGCAUAAAUUCAGCAUCUCGCUUGACGAGAUACAAGUUCUGGAUGAACUCGGAAAAGGAAACUACGGUACCGUGUACAAAGUUCGACAUGCGAAGCCUAAGGUUCCCCGGUUUGGACAGGGUCUUGGCAGCCUGACGAAGCAGUCAAUGUCUCGACAGAACUCGCUGAACGAAGGCGAGGAUGCGAAUGGCGUUGUUGAUGGCCAGACGACCUCGGGUGUCGUGAUGGCUAUGAAGGAGAUCAGGUUAGAGCUGGACGAGGCGAAGUUCACAACGAUUCUCAAGGAGCUAGUUAUCCUGCACGAGUGCGUUUCGCCAUAUAUCAUCGACUUCUAUGGCGCAUUUUUCCAAGAAGGAGCUGUUUACAUGUGCAUAGAAUACAUGGACGGUGGCUCCAUUGACAAGCUAUACUCUGGCGGGAUCCCAGAGGGCGUUAUUCGCAAGAUCACGUAUGCGACAGUCAUGGGCCUCAAGUCGCUCAAGGACGAUCACAACAUCAUCCAUCGCGACGUCAAACCCACCAACAUUCUCGCAAAUACCCGCGGGCAGGUCAAGAUUUGCGACUUUGGUGUGAGCGGUAACCUCGUGGCUUCUAUUGCCAAAACCAACAUUGGAUGCCAAAGCUAUAUGGCACCCGAGAGGAUAUCGGGCGGAGGUUUCGCACAAGGAGGCGCGGAUGGCACGUACAACGUACAAAGCGAUAUUUGGAGCUUAGGCUUGACCAUUAUCGAGUGCGCAAUGGGCAGGUAUCCAUAUCCUCCUGAGGUCUCAUCGACAAUCUUUAGCCAACUCAGCGCAAUUGUCGAGGGUGACCCGCCCGAUCUGCCAACCGAGGGUUAUUCGGACACGGCGCGCAAUUUUGUGCGGUCGUGUCUCGAUAAGAACCCGGCAAAGAGGAGUACCUACCCAAUGCUCCUUGCACACCCUUGGCUUAGGACGCUGGCACAGCCAGAGACUAUCGCCGAGGAAGCAGAAGAUACCGAAGACCUUGAGGCGGCGGCGCAGAAGCUCUCAUUAGGCUCAGGACCCAUCGGGGCCGACGACGAGGUGGCUCAGUGGGUCAAGUCAGCGCUGGACAGGAAACGCAGAGGAGAUGCACAAAGUCCCAAUAAGCCAGCACUUCAUGCAGCCCCCUUUGAUGCUACCAGUCCAAUGGCAGCACCAAAGGAUGGUCCAUUGACGGGUGCUUGAUUGAAUGUUCAAACUGGGAGGAUGGCUGGGUCAGGAAAACCCGCCCCUCCAAUUCACUUCUCAAAACCAUCUCUUUUCACCAUCCAUUUCUUCUCUCCUUUGUCAUCCGUUUCAAUUUGCAAGGAACAAGCCUUUUUUUCACAUCCAUCUGAAUUUUUCUUAUGUUCCGAUAGAGAUACCUCUUACGAUUCAAAGAUCGAGCAAAAAAUACACGAAAGCAACGAUCAUGGGAGCAUCAGGGGGGCCAGCGAGGGUAUACGUAGUGGCUGGAGUGGGAAAGAAGACAGAAAACAAAAAAAAAACAAAAACAAAAGUAAGAUGGAUGCUUCAUCUAUACAAAGCAGCAACGAAAAAUUAUUACACCCAUAAUUCUAUGGAUUACAGAUUUUGAAACGAUUUGGUGGAUUG